AUGAAAACCCUAAUCUUGGUCAUCGCCUUGGUCCUAGCCCUAGUGGGUCCCAUGAGGGCGCAAGAUCAGCCGCAAGACUUCGUGGACGCACACAACCGGGCCCGAGCUGAGGUAGGAGUGGGGCCCAUAGAAUGGGACGAGACGGUGGCUGCCUACGCGCGGGACUACGCCAACCAGCGUAGAGGAGACUGCAGUCUCACCCACUCGAGCGGACCUUACGGAGAGAACAUAGCGUGGGGUGGCGGAGACUUGUCGGGAACCGCCGCCGUGAAAAUGUGGGUGGAUGAGAAGGCAGACUACGACUACAAUACGAACACGUGUCGUGCUGGGAAGCAGUGCGGACACUAUACUCAGAUUGUGUGGAGAAAUUCGGUGAGGUUGGGUUGUGCCAAAGUGACGUGUGACGACGGCGGAACAUUCAUUACUUGCAACUACGAUCCUCGUGGCAACUUCAUCGGCCAGUGGCCUUACUAA